AUGGACUCAGCCAGCGACACUUCUGAGAAGAGGGUGGCCCAUAUACCUUCUACUACCGUCCACAAUUACGAGGUCGAUGUUGGUGCUCAGCUCGUUGCUGAGACAGAUCGCCCUUUCACACCACAAGAGGCCUCUCGACUGAGGGCGAAGAUCGAUUGGCACAUAAUGCCAUUGAUGUGCAGUAAAAUCACUUUCAUGGAUAAAACCACUCUGGGAGAGGCAGCGGUGCUGGGUAUACUGUGUGAUGCAGAAUUAACUACUAAUCAGUACGACUGGCUCGGCACAAUAUUCUACCUGAGUUACCUCGUUUUUCAAUACCCCCAGAACUUGGCGUUGCAGCGCUUCCCUGUUGGAAAAUGGAUGAGCAUUAAUAUCUUUCUGUGGGCCGUCGUCCUGCUAUGUCAUACUGCUUGCAAAUCUUUCGGAGCUUUGUUCGCGGUGCGCUUCUUGCUGGGAAUGUGCGAGGGUGCUAUCACUCCCGGCUUCAUGAUCGUCACCUCAAUGUUCUACACACAUGCGGAGCAAACGAAACGUGUCGGUUACUGGUUCUUGAUGAAUGGUUUCGCUGUGAUCAUUCUGGGUUUCGUGAGUUAUGGACUCCUCUACACGCAUACAGUUUCCUUCAUGCCCUGGCAAUGGCUCAUGGUUAUCACUGGUAUCAUCACAUUGAUCACCUCCGUGCUCUUCUGGUUUCUCUUCCCUGAUUCGCCCACAACCGCUUGGUUCUUAACUCCAGAAGAGAGAGCUGCGGCGGUUCGCAGAAUUCAAGCGAAUCAAACUGGCGUAGAGAACAAGCAUUUCAAGAUGGGGCAGUUCCUUGAAACGGUUCGAGAACCCAGGACGUGGUUGAUGGCCUUCUUUGCAGGGUCUGCGAACAUUGUGAAUUCUCUCACUAACCAACGACAAUUGAUUAUCGCACAAUUCGGUUUCAAUGAUAUCCAGACAACUCUCCUUGGGUGUGUCGACGGUGUGGUCGAAAUUCUUACUAUUUGGCUGGCAGUGACUCUUGCCUCACAACCAUCAAUCGGAAGGUCAUAUGCUGGUGUGCUGAUGUACAUCCCCGGGAUACUCGGUGCGAUACUCGUCAGCGCACUUCCGUUCUCCAACAAAAUAGGUUUACUAUUCUCAUACUGGAUUUCAAUCUUUGCGAUUGCGCCAUUCCCCAUCUUCCUCGGUUGGGUCAGUUCAAUAACAUCUGGGCACACGAAACGGAUCACCACCAAUGGCAUCGUCCUUUGCUCAUAUGCGAUUGGUAAUGCUGCUAGUCAGUUUAUGUGGAAGGCACAGUAUCAACCAAGGAACCACGUUCCUUGGGCUGUGAUCACGUCGUGCAAUUUCGCUGCUGGUGUCGCCCUGGUGAUUCUUCGUUUCAUGCUCGCCACUGAGAACAAGAGGCGAGAUCGUGAAACCCCUGACGACAAGCGCGACGCGGUCUACAUACUGGACGAAUCGGGCGCGGAGAGGAAGGUGGACAAGGCCUUCCUCGAUCUCACGGACAAACAAAACCGCGACUUCCGCUAUGUUCUAUAG